ACCUGAAGCACAUGCACGGGCUGUCACUACAAUCAGUCCAAUGAUUGACUUUGCUCAAGAACAACCUAUGCCCUUCGCGCAACAGACACUACUCGAUCAACGCAGGGAGUUAGAUACCCCCAUAUUAGGGAGACCGGAACUUCAGGAUCAGCUUAAUAGCAUUCACAAUUAGCCUCCCCAAACAAGUGCCUGUUUCUUUCAAAAGCAUGGGCCAUCAGCCCCCCCCGCCUCCCAGCAGCAAAGUCUCAGCUCCUGUCCAGCUGUCUACUACUUAUGCCCGCCUCUGAUAUCAAGAUUAUGUUCUCGUUUUUCGUGUCUCUAUUCUUUUUUUUUCUUAAAUUUUUUUUAUACGUUUACUUUUGCGUUGUCUGCUUUCUUCAAGCCCUCGUGGCGUGGCCUCCUUUGCUGAUAUUGGUAUGAGUUAGGAAAAUGUUCAUCGGGGGUUUGAAUUGGGAGACUACGGAUCAAUCUCUGAAGGACUACUUUUCUCAAUUUGGAGAGGUACAGGAAUGCACUGUGAUGCGAGACAGUGCUACUGGUCGCUCUAGAGGUUUUGGGUUCUUGACUUUCAGAGAUCCGAAGACAGUGAACACUGUCAUGGUCAAGGAGCACUACCUAGAUGGGAAGAUUAUCGAUCCUAAGCGUGCGAUCCCGCGUGACGAGCAAGAGAAGACUAGCAAGAUCUUUGUUGGUGGCGUCAGCCAAGAGGCCAACGAACAUGAUUUCAAAGAGUUCUUUGCUCAAUUUGGCCGCGUCAUCGAUGCCACCCUGAUGAUCGACAAGGAUACUGGUCGUCCCCGUGGCUUCGGAUUUGUGACCUUCGAUAGCGAGGCUGCCGUGGAAGCCGCUCUGUCGGGCCCCUUGGAGAUUUGCGGGAAGCCCAUAGAGGUCAAGAAAGCUCAGCCAAGAGGCAACUUGCGUGAUGAGGAAGACCGCAGGUUCCGCCGCGGCAGGGACGCUUUCCGAGAGGGUGGUCAAAUGGGGGGUGAUGGUUCCCAGCAGCAAGCGGGUGCACCGGGACAGGCCAACAUGGCUGGUGGAUUAACACCACAAAUGAUGGCACAGUACUGGCAAAGGAUGCAGCAGUAUUUUGCUCUGAUGCAACAGCAGAUGGCUGUCGCCGCCGCUCAGGGUCAGGGAAUGGGCGGAAUGGGAAUGGGUGGAAUGAACCCUGCCAUGAUGCAGCAAAUGCAACAAAUGAAGCAGAUGCAACAGAUGCAGAUGGGCAACAAUCAGCCUCAAGGCAGUCUCAGUCCUCCUUCGCAGAGCGCAACUCCUCAAGCCAUGCCGAACAUGAUGAACCCCGCUAUGAUGCAGCAAAUGCAACAGAUGCAGCAGAUGCAGAGCCAAGGGCAGGGCAGCAACGUUGGGGGCAUGCCGGCCCAAAUGGGAAAUGCUAUGGGAGGAGGAGGAGGUGGUGGUGGUGGUAGUGGUAAUGGUGGAGGAACACCAGGCAGUGCUAAUGGAAAUGGGAACUUCACUGGUCCUCGAGGAGGGCCUGGUUAUAACGCCCAGGAACAAAUUGCUUUUGAACAGCAAAAGUAUGAGCAGCAGCAGGUACGCCGAGCCAUGGAAAACCGGGCCUUUUCGCCGUACCAGCAGGGCGGGCCCACUUCGUGGGAAGGCAUGUACGAUGAAGUGCCCCAGCCUAACAUUCCUACUGGACCCCAGGCCAUGAAUCGCGCUGGAAGCAUGGGACGCGGACCCACUCCGCAACCUCAAAGCGCUGCCCCAGCGAACGCUCCCACAGGACCCAAGAACGCUGGCAAGCCAGGCGCCAAUUAUCGUGGAGGUGGACGAGGAGGACACCGCGGCUUCCAUCCCUAUGCCCGGGGAUAAGCCGGUAUCUUUCUUUUGUGUGUGCGAAUAGGUGUAUCGUUCUGCUGUCGUCUCUUUCCGUUCUCUUGUUACUGUCAUGGUUUUGGUCCUCCUCCCAUCAAGUUUUCCCGCCUCCC